AUGCCUGUGAGCUCGUCCUGUAGGUGGGUACGCCGGUGGAGGAACUCGCUCGUAUACAGCAGGUGGAGGCGUGUGCGGCGACGGCGAAGGCCUGGGGACGCCUCUGCGCGGUGGAUACGACGGUGGCGGAGUACAUUUAUAAGCAACAUGUGGUGGAGGUGGGUAUGCCGGCGGCGGAGGAUGCCGAUGUCCAGCAUUUGAUGGUGGGUGCGCCCGUGGCGGAAUCCUGUGUCCUCGUCCGCGAGGUGGAUAUACCGGCGAGGGUGGUGGAUACUGAUGUCCAACAUUCGAUGGUGGGUGCGCCGGUGGCAGAGCCCUGCGUCCUCGUCCGCGAGGUGGGUAUGCCGGUGGCGGAGGAUGCUGAUGUCCGGCAUUUAUUGGCGGGUGCACCGUUGACGGAGGCCUGCGUCCUCGUCCGCGAGGUGGGUAAGUCGGCGGCGGAGGAUGCUGAGGUACAGGAUAUGAUGGUGGGUGCUCCGGUGGCGGAGUCCUGUGUCCGCGUUCACGAGGUGGGUAUACCGGCGGCGGUGGAUGCCGAUGUCCAACAUUUGAUGGUGGGUGCGCCGGUGGCGUAGUCCUGUGUCCGCGUCCGCGAGGUGGGUACAUCGGCGGCGGAGGAUGUUGGGGUACAGUGCACAAUGGUGGGUUUGCCGGAGGUGGAGACCUGUGCCCUCGUCCGCGAGGUGGGUAUGCCGGUGGCGGAGGAUGCUGAGGCACAGCGUGUGAUGGUGGGUGUGCCGGAGGCGGAACCCUGCGUCCUCGUCCAUGAGGUGGGUAUGCCGGCGGCGGAGGAUGCUGAGGCACAGCGUGUGAUGGUGGGUGGGCCGGUGGCAGAACCCUGCGUCCUCGUCCGCGAGGUGGGUAUGCGGGCGGCGGAGGAUGCUGAGGUACAGGAUAUGGUGGUGGGUGUGCCGGUGGCGGAGGAUGCUGAGGCACAGCGUGUGAUGGUGGAUACACCGGCGAUGGGGAUGGCUGAUAUCUGGCUGGUGGUGGGGGGGACCUAUACUCGUAGCUCAGGGUAA